CUCUGAGUGAGGUGCAGGGUGCCCCGUGCCUGAGGGGCACUGCAGCCCGGCUGUGCAGCAGAGUGGGCUGGGGGGCCCCCGGAGGUCCCGGGGAGCCCCCCUCCCACACACAGGUCAGGGACCUGGUGUGCAAGUCAGGUGAGCCGCAGGGCAGCCUCUGGCCAUGGGGACCCCUGCGCUAUGGCUCUGCAGAGGCUGAAUGGCCACAGGUACUGGGACAUGAGUAUUUGUGCCACAGUACAGGUCACACAAAAGGCUCAGCCUCACGGUGGGGAGAAGUGGUGGGCAGUGAAGGAAAGCUGGUGGGGUUGGCGGGGCAGGUACAGCCGUGUGGGGCACAGCCCCAGUGCCUGUGGGCAGCAGCGGCUGGGGCUGAGAGGACCUGGUGCCAGAGCGGCCGUUGAAACUCCAUGGUGCCCAGCGGCAGUUGGUGUCCAGCACCAGUGCUCCUGUCACCUGCGUCUGGAAGGUUCUCUACAGUUGUCAGCUGUUGCAGCAGUUGGUGGUUACUCAUCUAGCACGGCACCUGCGCUCCACAUGUAAUGUGUGUCAGGCUGUAUAAAGGAAGCCCUUCAGAAAAGAGAUGGAGAUAGAUGAGACCUACUGAAACUCCUUCAGCGAUCUCUUUCCUCCGGAAGCCUUGCCAAUGUGUACAACUGCAUGGUCAGAGUAGCUCAUCUGUCUAAACAGAAUACAUUAAAUCAAACAUAAUGCUUUUCUGAAGACAGAAGCCAGUACUACAUCUGCUCUGAUGCUCGAGUAUCAGCAAUUGGACAGUGAAGAAGACUUUUCUAGUGGAAGUUUCAACAUGCUAGAAGAUGUUGGCAUGACCUCUGCUGAGAGGGGAAAGUUCUCAACAGAUUUUAAUGCUCAGAGUAAUGAAAAGCACUCUCUCCAAAGAUGCCUCUCACAAACUCAUGCUGACCGAGAAGACUCAGCAUCAGUUUCAGGAAUUGCCGAUCUUCUUGAGGUUACUGAUGAACCCCAAGCACCGAUUUUAAAACAUGAUCUAGAGAUACCACCUGAAGCCAAAAUCACAUCAAUACCACUUUCUUCUUUCCCAACCAAAAUGCAGCAACUGAUGUUAGCCAGAGCUAAAAAUGUCUCUGAAGUAAAGCAAGCUACAGAAAUACAAACUGUAAAUUACAUAUGGCCAGUAAUAAAGACAGAAGAGGCUUCCAGCAGCCCCUUGUGGUACAAUUUUCCAAAGUCUUUAGUACCAACUAGUCCAAACUUAACAAGACACUGUUCUAGUCCUGAUGUAGUAAUUGAAAAUGUGAACUGUUCCCAAAUAAUGCCAAUGAAACAGCUUUCACAAGAAGAGUUAGACAGAAAUACUAGGAAAUCUUAUCCUCUUAUUGUAAAGUCAUCUAACAGUGUUGUUUCAGGAAUUCUAAAAUCAUUGACUGAUAUCAAUAGUAAAGAUUAUAAGAAUACCUUACUACUUUCAUCUGUCAGUCCUAUUAGAGAGCAACUGGAAAUUCCUCUCUUUAAGGGAAAUGCUGUAGCGAUAUAUAAGGGGCAAAUCUACCUUUUGUAUUUAAUGAGGCGUGAAGCUCUGUCACCAGAAAUGGAAAUAUGUGGCCAUGAUACAUUGCUUAGGGAGACCACACUUUGGCUCAUUACCUGUAGUGCUAUCCGUGAUGUAACGACAGAAGUUCCACAUCCACUGCUGUCAAAACAGUAUAUUGUAAAACAGAACAAAAAAGGUCUUACAACCCUUCCUACCCUCACGCACCAAGAUAAAACUUCAAACGCAACACAUUCCUCUUCACACCGGAUGACUACCAUCUCUCAGCCCAAGCAGUGCUCCCCUUCUACUGAGAAAAGACAACAGUUCCUCAACAAGGCUGCAUUUUCAUCCAAAGAAGGCUCGCAAAAAAGACAUGAGAGAGAGGCACAUUGGGAAAAAGAUAAUGAACUAAGAAAGAAAUUUGGUAUUGUUAAAGGUGUAAGAGUUCAUCUCAAGAGGAUAAGUCUCCCUGAACUUCCUGAGGAUUCUGGCAAAGCUUUUGCACAUAAAGGGAGGGUAACCAGCAGGACAAAGAAAUGGAAAAAAGUUUCAAAGGCACUUAACCGUCCAUACACUAAUACAAAGUACGCCUCGCCUUGAAGUGUUCAUUACACAUCAUGACUACGUUUUUCAAAAUUUUUGAGUGUUUAAGCCUCCUGUUCUAAACCAUUUUCUGUUUGAGAACCUUGCAAAGUUUAUAAGAAUUUGUAUAGUGCUGAUAUUUUUUGUAUCAGGGCUAUCAGCAGAGUUAGGAAACUCUGUUGACAGUCCUGUGUCAUCAGUGAUAUUUCUGCACAUGACAGCUAAAAGUUUAAGAGUGUGGUCACAUAAAUGACUACAACUUAAUAAGGACUUGAGUUUGAUUUUUCAGCUUUUAAAGCAUUCUUUCCACAAGCCCAGUUUUAUUUUCUACAAAACUGCUGGACACAGGAUAUGGAGUAAAAGCAGACAUCCUGCCAGCGACAAAUUUCCCUCCAGUCAGGUUUGGAGAGAGGCUGUGCCAAAGAUCAGUGCAAAAUGGGUGCCUUGCAUUAAAUACUCUGAAGCUUCUCCACUCUACCCAUAUGGACUCACUACGUAGCACAGUGAUCCAUGCCUUUCAAGACGAGUGAAGUUUUCCUCACCACUGUUACUUCUAAAAUGCCAGGAUCUCUUUUCUUUCGGUUCUGGCAAAAACUGCAGACAGAAUACAGCUACUGCCGGAGACAUUUCCAAGUCUGUAUUCUGGUUGCCAUUCAUACAACUGCAACUGAAAGAAGAAAAAGUGUCUGCUGACCUGUAACUGGUAGCAAUGGUUUGCAAUCUGGCUGUGCCAAUGCAUGUCUCAUAGGCAGAAACAGGAUGCUUUUCAUACUUGUGCUAGAUUCUUUAUGCUUUGGACAUGUUGUCAUUCACUUUUAGUUAAGGUACUAGGAGCUCAAGCUACAUAUUUUUAGUCAUUGCCCUGCUUUUGCAAAAGUGUUGCCCUGUGGCUUUGUUUAGAAGUAUCAUUUGACAGUUUUGCCAAGUGUUAUCAGAGUCUCUUGGAACAGGUAUCUGCUUUCUCUGAUCCCUGAGAUUUUUAAACUCCUGGUUGCAAUAGGCCUCUUGUAUCCAUUUUGUAUUUUUCUACAAUAAGGCUCUUAAGAUUGUUUCACUAGCCAGACUCGACAUGGGAUUUCUGGCAGCCUCUAUAAUUUCAAUAUACUUUUGUUCAAGUUCUUAUUCUGGAGAUAAAUUAGUAAUCAAUAAUAAAUUAGUAUUUCUCCUAGAUCUGCCUCUUAUCUCUUGUUCAGCCUGUAGCAUUAAACUUCCACUUCUCACAACUGAAUUGCAAACCAGCAUCACCUGACCUUUCCAAGAUCUCUGAGAACGGUCUACUUUUGCUGUCCCUGAAUGGGAACACCAUUGAUGUACCCUCAGGAUUCAUGAAAAUAUGCUAUGUAUUUUGUGAAAUAUUUCAAGGCCAGGUAGAACAAAACUUUCCAAAGAAUAUGCUGAAAGAGCACAGGUUUGAACUAAUUUUUUUUUUUUUUAAUCUACAUUAUUAUUUGUCAACACGUGUCCCAAAAAUUAAAUAGGUUCAAAUCCCUAAUGAAAUAUUACAUGUUUGAAUUUAUUUUAUACCUGUUCUACACAGAUGCUUUCACUUGCUAGACUGCUAUUGAGAACUUUGAGUUACCAAGAGUGUUAUUAGUAGUUCUUAUUAACCUUAAUUGUUAUUGUGACUGCCUUUUCAAUAUUUUCUGCUGCUGUGCCUUUUUCUUUGCAGGUAACUUUCACUUCUUUACAUUCUAUCAUCUCCUGCAGAAUUUGUGUUCUUUGCU